CAGAUCCCCACGUGACGCAAACUUCCGCUCUCAUGUCAGGAGUAGUGACGUCACUCCCUGGACCGUGACGUGCGGCGGGGGCGCCCGAAUUUGAAACCGCUGAACUUUCCUAUGGCGGAGGGGAGAUGAAUGGGAAGCAGAGGACCCUGUUCCAGGCUUGGGGGUCCGGUGUGGCCCCUGAGCCCCCGCCUAAGAAGGUUAAAGCCAAGACUGCCAGGAAGAGGAAGGGGGUGUGCUCCCAGAAAGCCCCCAGUAGGGACCCACCACCUCCUCCAGCCUGGCAGGCAGCACCCCAACCGGGUGAGGAUGAAGAUGACGAUGAUGUGCUGCUGGUGGCCGUGUACGAGGCUGAGAAAACGUUAACGGAGACUAACAUUCCGGGCUUUGACCUGUCAGCCGGCAGCGUUUGGAUUUAUCCCACCAACUACCCGGUCCGGGAGUACCAGAUGACCAUGGCGCACACCUCCCUCUUCAACAACACCCUGGUGUGUCUGCCCACCGGCCUGGGCAAGACCUUCAUCGCCGCCGUGGUGAUGUACAACUUCUACCGCUGGUACCCGUCUGGGAAGAUCGUCUUCAUGGCUCCCACCAAGCCUCUGGUGGCACAGCAGAUUGAAGCCUGCUUCAGGGUCAUGGGCAUUCCUCAGGAGCACAUGGUGGUGAUGACAGGUAAUACUCAGGCGCAGAAUCGCAAGGACAUGUGGCACGCACACCGGCUCUUUUUCCUGACCCCACAGAUCAUGGUGAAUGAUCUCACCCGAGGUGCCUGCUCUGCUGCUGAUAUCAAGUGUCUUGUCAUAGACGAAGCUCACAAGGCGCUGGGCAAUCAUGCCUAUUGCCAGGUUGUCCGGGAACUGAGCAACUAUAAUAGGCAGUUUCGGAUUUUGGCGCUUAGUGCCACACCAGGCAGCGAUACAAAGUCUGUGCAGCAAGUGGUGUCCAACCUGCUGAUUGGCCACAUAGAACUGAGGUCAGAGGACUCUCCCGACAUUCAGCCUUACUCCCACGAAAGGCAGCUGGAGAAAUUUGUGGUCCCUCUUGGCGAAGAGCUAGAAGCCGUACAAAAGACCUAUUUGCAGGUUCUAGAGACUUUUGCGGGUCGACUGAUACAAAUCAAUGUGUUUACACGGAGAGACAUCCCCAACCUAACAAAAUAUAAGAUCAUUCUGUCUCGAGAUCAGUUCCGGAAGAACCCACCUCCCAAUAUUGUGGGGGCACAGAUGGGAGUGAUGGAAGGAGAUUUUGCUCUCUGUAUAAGCUUAUAUCAUGGCUAUGAGCUUUUAUUACAGAUGGGAACACGUUCUUUAUACUACUAUCUACGUUCAAUAAUGGACGGGUCCAAAGGUAUGUCCCGAGCACGAAGUGACCUUGGUCGAAAUGCUGACUUUAUGAAUCUUUACCAGCGCCUGGAACCUAUGUUCUCUGCUUCUAGUGAUCUUAAUGAUGUAAAGCCAUUUAUCUACAGCCACCCAAAGUUGAAGAAACUGGAGGAAGUUGUCAUACAGCAUUUUAAUUCCUGGAGUAAGAAGGGGCAGAACUCUUCUGUAAAAUCUCCAGAAAAUACUCGGAUCAUGAUCUUCUCAUCUUACAGAGAGAGUGUCCAAGAAAUUGCAGAAAUGCUCAACCACCAUAAACCCACUGUCCGGGUAAUGGCCUUUGUGGGGCAUUCAUCUACUGGAAAAGGAGUGAAAGGGUACACCCAGAAAGAGCAGCUUGAGGUGGUGAAGCGGUUUCGGGAAGGCGGAUAUAAUACUCUGGUCUCCACCUGCGUUGGAGAAGAAGGUUUGGACAUUGGAGAAGUAGAUCUCAUUAUUUGUUUUGAUGCUCAGAAGAGUCCAAUCCGCCUGGUGCAGAGAAUGGGAAGAACAGGAAGAAAACGUCAAGGCCGCAUAGUAGUCAUAUUGUGCAAAGGCAGAGAGGAGCGGACCUAUAACCAAAGUCAGAGCAAUAAGAGAAGCAUCUACAAGGCCAUCCUGGGAAAUGACACCAACUUCCACCUCAACCAGGAAUGCCCACGCAUGGUUCCAGAAGGACUAAUCCCAACCUUGCACAAGAUGUACAUCACACAAGGAACCUAUGAUGCCAAAGACCCAGCAAAGCCCAUCUCAAAGGACCGCCGUUCCAGCGUGGUUCAUCGGAAAUCUUCUGUUUUUAACAGGGAGGACACAAAAAAAGAAGGUUGGCUUUUGACAAAUGCAGAGUUUGAGACCUGGAACCGUUUGUAUCGUUUGACAGAAUCUGAUAGGGUAACAGAUGUCAUUCUACCCAGAACGCAGUUUGAGCUCUUCAGAGAUCCGGAAACCAGCACGGAACAAGUCUCAGGAAGUGUCCAUCAGCUGUCCCUAUCAGAGUGGAAACUAUGGCAGAAUCGUCCUUUUCCAACGCACUUCGUGGAUCACUCGCUUCGGAGUAAAAAUUUCAUUGCUGUUACGCAACUGAUUGAGCAGAUGAGAGGGGAGGAGGAUGGUUGCAGUUAUGAUAAAGAAAUGAAUGCUUUCUUGGAUAAAGCUGAUGUGCUUCCUUCACACAAGUCUAAGCAAGAUAGUCGAGAUUGCUCCACUAUAACUUCCAAACCUUUAAAGAAGUUGUCUACUCUCAAAAGUAAAACUUGCAAGAAUUCCACUUCAUUUUCCUUGAUUGAAAAUGAUGAAGAUUUUCAGCCACUAAACAAGUCUUCAAAAAGAGUUAAGUCCUGUUCCACUGAAUAUGAAAAUACAGAAUCGGUAGGCCAAACCACAGUAAAGGAGGUGAGCAGUGAUGCUGAGAUUGGUCCUUACCAAGAUCUUGCCCUAGAUGUGGCAGAUGAAAUGGAAAUUGGCAGCUUUUGUGGAAUUUCAGAUGAAUCGGGGUUGAUGUCUCCAAAAAAUGCAACUAAAGGUCAUGGCAGAGCAUCUCCAAAUAAGCCUGACUCUGGCUACCACAGUUUCAGCGAAGACACCUCUGACGGUUUACCUCAUCUGUUUUAUACUCAGUAUACACAAGAUAGUUAUCAUCCAGUUUCAGAGUUUGUUGGAAAAGACUCUCACGUAUUAAGCCAUAUGUUAUCAUGUGUAAAGCAAUUCUUGACUUGUUCUCCUCCUUCAUUAAGUGAACUUGAUUCUUUAGAGGAUGUAGACAUUUCUAGGAAUAAUUUCACAAGCAGAGAUUUUCCUUGUGAAAAAGUGAACACUGAUACAUCAAUGGAGGCACAUUGCAGUCUACAGGGAUCCCACAAUCACAUAAAGAAUUUAAUUUCGAGAGAAGAACACGCUGCAUCUCCCAAAAUGUCUAAUUCGACUCCCCAAGAAGAGAUUGGUGAAACUGGGCUAUCUGCUUCCUCAGCUCAGGAGGAUUCUCAUGUGGAGACGGUGGAGGAACAUGGACUUGAAGAUCAAGAGGCCCAAAGUGAUCAUCAUUGGAAUGACAUUUUUGACACUGAUGGCGAUGAAACUUAUAUUGAAAACUUUGACUCUCCUACAAAACCUGGCUGUGCCCAUUUCCAAGAUCAAGUUGAUAGCGAGAAAGAUAAUGCUGAAAAAUAUGAAGCGUCUAAAACUUGCAGUCAAACUAAACACAGAAAAGUAAAAAUUGGGGAAGUGGAUGUCCACAGUGAUAGUUUCAGUAAAGAGAAUACUGAAGGUGCUGAGAUUGAUAUAGACAUUGAAACUACUCGUAGUCCCUACCAAAGCAAUGAUAAUGUAAUACAUCCGGAUAAAGAUGGAACGGAGCUAGAUUCAGUUCCCGACUAUCUCGAGGACAGCUUUGACUUAUUUGAAGAUGAAAAAUUUGCAGAGGUUGAUGAACCUAGUUCAAGCAAGGCAUUCACAAAUAUUACCCACAAUCAUGAUUUAACUUCUGUUAAUUUUAAUAUGUUUGAUCCAUCCUUAUUAAUGGAAGAGCAUGAGGAACAAGAACCUGAAAACGAGGCUUGUUUGUCCUCCAGGGACUUGGAGCAGGCAGAGGAUCAAGAGGAGUUUGGCUCCUGUGAGUUGUUCUCAGUCAAUUUUGACCUUGGAUUCUCCAUUGAUGAUGAUCCUUCAGAAGAAGAGGAAGAGGUACAGCCACAAAAUGGAAGUGUAGAAGAAACCGGACAUUUCAAAGUCCCAAGCCCCCCCAAAAGUACUAUCAGAGGAGGCAUUAUGUCCACCCCAGUGACAAUUGGGUUUAGAAGUUCUGCCUUGGAAAUGGAAACGUCUCUGGGUUCCUCAUUUUUUUCACCAGUAAUGGAUAAAGUCAAAAACGUCCUAACUCCUUGCAAUUCUGUGGCUAAACAUGAUAUGUAUACCCACUCGACUCCAGAGUCAGGGCCAAGGAAAAUUAAUUCACCUUUAAUGGAUAAGAAAAGAUCUGACACAAAUCCACCUUUGGCCAUGAAUGACCACUCCGUAACGAUUAGCAGCAGCCCCGAGAGUGAGGAGGAUGUUGUUUUCAGGCGGAAAAGAAAAUUGGCAGCAGCAGCUGUCCUCAAGUCACCAGAGUCGGCAAGCAGCGAGAGUGAUUUUGAUUCCUCGAAAUCUAGAGCAAAGAAACGGAGACGGGAGCCCAAUACAAAUGCAAGCAGCGAGUGUGAUAAGGACUCGCCGAUGCCUGGAGCAAAAAAGCGCAGAUGGAGGCGUAAUACAGUAUCCUCAGACGAUGAAGACCCAAAGUCCCUUUCACUUACUCAUAAAUCUAAAGUUCAGCAUGGGGCGCCCCGGAGAGAUGCAAGAAGACCCAAGCACAAGCGGCAUGCAGCCAGGCAGUUUCUGGAUUUAGAGGCUGAGCUGUCCUCCGGAGAAGAGAAUGUAUCCUCAGAUGAGAGUGUGGAGUCUGACAAUGCCCAGGACACGUCUUUGGUGGGCUUCCUCAAUGAUAACACUCAGCUGUCCCAGGCCCUCAAUGACUCCGAGAUGCACGGAAUAUAUAUGAAAUCCAUACGCAGUCCAGCAGUUGGAAAUAAAUUUAAACUGACACAUAAGAGACACAGUAUGUCCGUGUUCUCCCAGAUUCCUGAACAAGAUGAGGACUACAUAGAGGACAGUUUCUGUGUCCAAGAGGAUGACGAUGAAGAGGAGGAAGAGGAUUCCAGCACAGAGGAAGUAACAAUGGACCUCAACCUCCUGCAGCAGGACAGCUUUGUUGGUGGCCGCAGACAAUAUUGCACCAGGCGCCGGUUAAAGCUUAAAGGUACAGAGCCAAGACCAACCAACAAGGCACAGCCUGCAGAGAAGAGGAGGAGAAUAAUCAUCCAUGAGGAUUCUAGUGAUGAGGAAACCAAAGCAACUUCUGAACUUCAAAUGUCCAAAGCCAACUCUUCAAGUCUAAAGUCACUUUAUACAUCGUCUUCUGCCAAACCGCUGCUGGACAGCACUUCAAUGAAGACUACGAAUGCUCUGAAUAAGAAGGAAUUCUUUGAUUUGCCAUUGAAGGAUCGAUGCCAAAAGAGAAUUAAUGCCCAGGCCUCCCUGUCUGAAAAACUGGACUUCCAGACAGGAGCCCGGUCCUCAUUUAAUAGCACUAAGCUUCGGACAUCAAUUGGUAGUCGUCUCUCUCCAGACAAGCUGGAAGAUACCUCUGUAAAAUCUGGUAGUGAUUCUACAUGGAUGGCCUCGCCGAUCAAUGACUCGUCCAUGGGGAAGGUUCUCGGAUCGGCAGUGAGCAGUGAUGGGCUCUGUAUCCUAGCAGACAGCCGGGAAAUUUGCUCCGGUCCUGAGGUCAUCUCCUGCCUGAAGAGCGCUCACAGGGUGCGAGUGGAAAUCUGCUCCCUGGGGGGCUGCGAUUACAUCGUCAGCAACCGAUUGUCUGUAGAACGGAAAUCCCAGUCAGAAUUCUCCAACUGCACCAACAGAAGUAAACUGGCUGAACGGAUCCAGCAUCUACGGAGCAUGUAUGAGCGGGUCUGUCUGAUCGUGGAGAAGGACCGUGUGAAACCAGGAGAUACGUCUCGACCGUUUCAGAGAAUAAAGUAUUAUGACAGCACAUUGUCCUCUUUAAUCAGCGCCGGGGUGCAGAUCCUCUUCAGUUGCAGCCAGGAGGAGACGGCGGGGUUACUGAAAGAACUGGCCUCUCUAGAGAGGAGGAAGAACACGGCCAUCACAGUCCCCACUCAGGUGACCGGCCACAAGCAAGAAGCACUGAACUUUUACCUGUCUAUCCCCAACGUCAGCUACAUCACCGCCCUCAACCUCUGCCACCACUUCCGCUCAGUCCGACACAUGACUGACAGCUCUAUAGAUGAACUCUCCGCCAAAGGACAAGUGAGCCAGCAGAAGGCCGAGGAGAUCUACCGCUACCUUCAUUAUCAGUCUGAUCCACUAAUGCUGCAGACCGGGGACAAACGGAAACCCCCCUCCUAGUCCAAUCACUGACUCUUUUCUAUGGAGCGUUUGUCUGCGGAGGAGAUGUUGUUAUUGCAGGACAAUGCUUUCCAGUCCUCUGCACAAGCACUUUGUGUUUAUUUGUAUAUCUGUGUAUAUUGUGUCUAUUUUGUACAGUAUAUAAACUAUUUUGGAAGAUAUGAAUUA